UCAAGUUUCUUCUUCUUCUUCUUCUUCUUUUCCAAUUGCCUUGAAUUUGAAGCUUCCUUUUUUCCAAUCCUCCUGGCUACUCAAUGCCUUCAUGGACUAAGAAGAAAAGAACAAUUAUAGCUGGCAUUUGCCACUCCUGAUACUUUAUAUAAGCAAGACAACUGCCACAGAUCAAUGCAUCAGAAACAAAGUAACUUAGUUUUCCUCCUCGUUUUUGUGCAACCAACGAAGAGCAGUCCAGUAUGGCAACCGAAGGGUUAAAGCCUGUUGCUUCUCUUCUUCUCUUCCUCAACUUCUGUAUGUAUGCGAUUGUAGCUUCCAUUGGCGGAUGGGCGCUCAAUGUAGCCAUCAACCAUGGCUUCAUAAUAGGUCAAGGACUUGCACUUCCAGCUAAUUUUUCACCGGUCUUUUUCCCAAUUGGGAACCAAGCCACUGGCUUCUUUGUGAUAUUUGCUUUGAUAGCUGGCGUUGUUGGUGCCGCGGCAGCCAUUGCUGGAGUUCACCAUGUUCGUAGUUGGCAUUAUGAGAGUUUGCCAUCUGCUGCGUCCUCUGCUUUGGUAGCUUGGGGCCUAACUCUUCUUGCAAUGGGGUUGGCUUGCAAAGAGGCUAAUCUGGAGGGAAGAAACAUUCGCCUUAAAACCAUGGAGGCCUUCCUGAUCAUUCUUUCCGCGACACAGUUGAUAUACAUUCUUGUCAUACAUGGAGGAGGAGGAUCUGGUGCAAGAACAAGGACUUGAAUAUAACUCUAUCUGAAUGGUAUUAUUAAUUGAAUUUGACAAUCUGUGUGGUGUGAUAUGAUUUUUGGUUUGUUAUUUGUUAUUACUCCAAUGGUUGAACUCUCAUGUCAGCUUGAAUGUAUAUUUCUGGAGUGGGUUCAUGUGUAAUUCAUGCAUAUACCUUCUAUGUAGACGAAAUGAUUGUGACAAAACUCUUCCAUAUUUAAUCAGGUAUUCAGUA